AAUUGUACUUCUACAACCUAUGCGUGUUGCACAGGUUGAAUCGGAGGAACACCAAGCACAUGUAUUCGAGGAAGAUGCAGCAUUGAACAAGAAAAAGUUCAUGAAACUGAAGAUGAAAGAAAAGUAUCAUCAGCAAAAGAAUGACAAUAAAGUGGAAGCUUUACGUUCCAAAAAAGUGCUUGGGUCAAUACAGGCAGAAGAGACUGCAAUCUCAAGGAUUUAUCACAGAAAAGAAGCUGAAAACACAAAAGAAGAUAAUUGGCAACCAAAAGAGUGUGUGGAUGAUACCAAACCCAAAAAAAGGAUUCCAUAUAUUCCAUUCAAUCAAAAUCUCCAGAGGAAAGAAGAAAGGGAUACGAAAAUUCUAGAAUCACGGAAAGAGAUUGUAGAGAGAAAAAAUCCACUUUCACAAGCUAAGAUUGUGCCAAAAUUUCAAGAACAAAGGCAGGGAUCCCUUAGCAAACAUCAAUGGAAACCAAAUGUCGUAGGGGAACCUAUCCCUCAGGACUCAACACCUACAUCGGACACUGCCCCCGAGCGCAGCCCAUUGAGCACGAAUCAAGCAAUUGCAGAAAAGGUCAUCAAUGAGGUUUCAAUAGAGAAACCAGGGGCCAUGAAAUUUGGAGGCAAAAGCAACGUUAAGAAGCCCGAUCGAACAUAUUCUCCAGUCUCUUCAUUAAAUAUGAAGGAAAAAGCUGGAAGCUCCAGACAUCAAACAUGUGACUACUGCAGCAAAAGCCAGAGUUCUCUCAGUCACUCGUGCCGCACACCAGAAAGCUUUAAGUACAUAGAACAUGAAUUGUCAGUUAUCAAACCUGUAACUAUCUCGAAAGUUCCGAUUUCGAUCAAUCUGCCGCCUUCCAGUCACACAAAUGAACUCCUCCAUCUGAAUGCGAAUGGAAAUUCGAGAGUAUGGAACUCACCGGAGAAAUCGCCGCCGAAUGCCUAUGCCGGCAUGGAAUCUUUGAGAGAUUACAGAAAAAUUAAUCAAGCAACAAAUGGAGUUUUUGGUUUAAGCUGGCGAUGGCCGAUCCGAGAAUCGAUGAAGGAAGCAGAUGAAGUUGUGGAAGAUCUGGAGAAGAGAAUUUUAGUUGGAUUGAUUCAGGAGGCCUUCGCCUGAAUCUUUGUUUUCUCUUCAUCUUCCACUGUUCUUUUUUUUUUUUUUUUUUUUUUUUU